AAAACACUUAACAAUUAAUAGUAAUUUAAUUGGAGUUGAAGUUGACAUUUCAUGGCUUAACAUUACAAUGCAACAUGUAUUCCUUUCUUUAUCUUCAGGGUGGUCCUACCUAUGGCAGGAAAAUGAUGACUGGGAGUCUUGCAGCUGCAGGUGUCUUCGCAUCAGAGGGUCGUGUUGGAGCUGUUUUCCGCAACAUUCACCCACCUUACCAUAAGGCACGAUGCCAGGGAGCAAGGAACCUCAACCCUCUUCCUUACCAUGCAGCCUAUGUGGGUCACAAAAUCCACAUGGACCAAAAUGAGAAGAUUGUCAUGUUUGGCGUGACUCAUGUGCUGGCAAUAGAUGGCUUCUCCAGCAAAAUUGUUGGACAAGCUACUAUGCCUGUAAAGAACAACCUCACCAUCUACAAUGACGUUUACAGGAGUGCAGUAAUGGAAUAUGGGAUGUGGGACCAGGUCAGAGUGGAUCAUGGAAAGGAGUUCUACCUCACUCUUUUCAUGCAGGAGAAGUUGGCCAGCCACCGCCACAACACUGAAAGGCCACCAUAUCUCCAAACACCAUCGACAAAGAAUCACAGAAUCGAGAGAAUCUGGCCAGAAAUCAACAACCGGGUUAACUACCCGUUGAAAGCUGCAUUGGUCCAACUGGUGGAUCAGGAGGAGCUGGACAUGGAGGACCAGAUGACUCGGUUCUGUGUGUCAUCUUUGACAUGCCAGUUGGCCCAGAUCGGUGUUAACCGAACUGUGCAAGCAUGGAAUGCACACAGGAUUCCUGGUAUGUCUUCAGGGAGGGGGAUACCAAAUUACUUGGCCAGAGAUGAAUGCCCAAAGAAGCUGUCGACAGACCUUUUGCCAAAUGCAUCUGUGGCUGCAGACUGGUACGACCAGGAAGUGGGCUCACUGACACGAGUGUCAGACUUUGGCACCAACCCAUUUCCAAGUUUACAGGACCAGGAAGCUGCAGUGAGGGGAUUUGUUCUGCAGUGCCCUGAUACAAGUGUACUGCUGGACAAUGCAGUGAAUAAUCUGCCACAACCGUUCAAAGAUGGACUCAAAGGCCUCAUCGACAUCUCAAGGAGAAGUUGUCAACGCUGAUGUUUUUUUGUGUGUCUAAGUUGUUAUUGUCUGUGCUUUUUAAUUAAUUGGUUCAACUGACGGGAUGUUUUUUUCUUUUCUUCAAAUGUUGGGGGUUUAAAGGGAGAAAUAUGUUCUUUUUGAAUAAACACUUAUGUCUUUAAAGUC